UGAAAAACUUUUGCACCGAACUGGCACGCACAGCAAACUUCACUUCAUUAAUAUUUAAAGGUCUGUCUAACUGUGAUUAUUUUGAUGCAAUUCAAGUUCAGUUUAUGAGUUCCAUUCAAAGAAACCCACAAAAUUUGCAAUCAUUUUUACCAUGUCGCACCUGCUAACAUCGGGAAAGGAUAUCCAGUUGCAUUCAUUGCCAUCGUUGAAUUCCAAAUUUACCUACAAAUAUGUGGCAGAGCCGCGAAAGUUUUCCAUCUUUCCCAACGACAAUAUCAUUGUUUCGAUUUAUCGCGACAACCGGAUCGACCUACUACAUGCAUUCCAAAACAGUGCGGGUAAUGAGACGAUCAAACGACUGAAAAAGCUGAAAUUGGAUGGGGUAAGAUGUGCGAAUGUAUUGCAACAUGAUGGAAAGUAUGAGAUUGCGAUGGGGCUCACGAAUGGCAACAUCGAAUUUGUCGAUUUUAACACGAAGACAAUGUUGGAGAAGAAAUUUGCGGCUGAUGUGUUCGGAAACAGCGUCGAGAACAUUGACUUCAACAAAGACUAUGACAUCUUGGCUAGUACGUUUCAAAGUGGUGAACUUCAACUGUUCAACAUGAAGAGUUUUCGCAAAUUGCAGCGCUACAGACUGGAUAUGAAGUCAGACAUUGUUCGUUUCCAUCCAUCCAAUCCACAUCUACUCGCAAUCAGUUCACUUGGUGGCUCGUUAAACGUUUUAAAUGUGAACCUGAAGCGAACAAUGUACUCCAUAGGAAAGGCUCAUAAGAACUAUAGUGCCGACAUUGCCUGGUUGCCAUCAUCCCAAUCCAUAUUGUAUUCAGUAGGCGGAACAACAAUGAAAGUGUUUGAUACGCGCCAAAAUGUUACUCUAUCUGUUACGGAUCACGCUUAUUCCUACUCUACGGUGGCCAUUUCCCCGUGUGAAAAGUAUUGUUGUGUGGGAGACGUCAAAGGGACCGUUGUGUCUUACGAUAUAAGGAACAUCAGAACUGCCUUGCAGAUGAAUAAUUGCCAUGACGGUAUCAUUACAAAUUUACGUUUUCUCCCGUGUCCUUUGGAGGCGGAAUUAUCAUCCGAUGACAUUGUGCACGAAGGCGACUCGGAGGCAGAUUCAAUUGAUAGAAAAAAACCGGAUAAAAGACGCAACUCUGCGCAGAUGUUUUUCGACCUUGUAGCGCCGGUUAAGCACAGUGGCAGCGAAACCGAAACGGAUCCACUUAAUCGGAAGAGGUCAUCUACGAGAAGGACAUCUGCCCAAGAUUUCUUUGAUGUUGUAGCGCCCGUUCAACAACGAAAAGAGAAGUCCAGCCCAAGUGGCGAUGUUUUCGGUAAGCGAUCUUCCGAUCCAAGCAAAUCCAAAGAUUUGAAGUCAGUUCCCGAAGAAAAUACGACAACCGACUCAUCGCAUUCAAAUCAUCAAACAUCUGCUGACGAAGUGGGGGAAGUCAGGCCAUCCACAGUUAAUUUUACGAAUAAGAGACACACAAUCAACUCAUUGACUGGCCGAGAAUUCUUAGGAUCGGACAAUGUUUUCAGGUCUCCCAACUGUUCAACACCGCAGGAUCAUCUAAUGUACAAGAAUUCAAUUCAAUCACAGAAUGGCUACGCUGCUACCGACAUGAAUGACAUGGAGGAGAAAUUGCACGAUCUGGAAAUUCGGAUGAAUGAAAAACUGUCGAACAUGCAACGGAAAUUCGAAGAGAAAUUGAACGAAAAGAGCGAAGAACUGAACGAAGUAAUUGUGCACGGAUUCCGGUCGAUUCACUGCAAUUUGUGGACUAUGGCCGAAACUGAUGUCCGAGACACAAAAGAUAUGGUGGCCAAGAUUUUCGAAAAUUACAGUGAAAUCUCAGACGUUUUCAUCGAAAAUCUUCGUUUGAAGGAGCAGAUAGUCCAAUUGCAACAACGGGAUGCAGAUAACAAUUCGCCGAGGGACAUUCCGAUGGAUUCCGAUAGUGUUUAAGUGUGAUGCUCGUCGGGAUGUUGUAAGAAUGUGCGCUGUAAAUAAUGAUUCGUUCUAUUGGAUUAAGUUGAUUGCUGGUCGUUGUAAAUGUUGUGAUGAUUGCCCUGGUGUGAAAUAAAUUUUUCGAUUAUUUACGAUGCGAUAUUUGGAUUAUUGUCUUAGGCCGUCGUUCCCACAUCGUACAGAAAAUGUUCAAGUAACCAAAAAAAUGCAGAUAAAUUGUAGGGCUGC